UUCCCAUCGGAGAAGUCGUAGAAAGAAAGCUAUUGAAAUUUGAUACGAUUUGUCUGCCUUCAUUCACGUCAGACGUCUUAAACUAAAAUUUCAAACACAGAAACAAAACCAAACAAUAAAAACUAACCUGAAGUUCUCAAACACAAUCUACGUGGAUUUUUAAGGAAGUUAAUCAAAAGAUAGAUUUCCAGACUUCAAGCCAUGAAGAGAAAAUAUACCUUUGAAAAAAACCUGAAUAAGAAAAAAUUUAAGACGAUAAAACUCAAAGCUCAAGAAACGACGCAAUGGCUAAGAGGUAGACUGUGUCCCAUUAGAAAAGAAACAGCAUGGUUUGUCAAACCAUUUUCUGAGCUUCCAGAUGGCUAUGAAAAAAGAAAAGAUGUCUUUUUGUAUCCAAACUAUCUUUCAAAAGAAAUUCUACCAGUUGCUGGAGGAGAUAUUUUGGAGUUUAUACUUAGUGAUCGAGACAAGUCCAGACCAAUGGCGAUCAAUGUACGUGUAUGUCAAUAUUCGCCAAGAUUUCAAAAGGACGUUGUCAAGUACAUAUGCAGAUUGAACGAGGAUUUGAAUAGCCCAAAGUGUAGGACAGUUUUGACCCAAGUUUUGCCCUGCACAUCCAUGUGGAAAUACCUUGGAUCACCUAUUUUUCGUAAUGGCCCAGGCGAUGGAUCAUUGAACACGUCAUAUAUUGAAGAAUUAUUAAUCCUUAUACAGUUGCUUCUUCAGCAUGGAAAGGAUUACAAAUCUCUACAAGAAGAGGCAAUAAAGAACAUAACACGUGGUACAGUUUUUCAAGACACCAAAGAUGAGCAUUUGUUGAGCAUUCCCAAGACCAUCCUCUCUUGCAAUUACACAAAAAACGACAAAUUCCACAUGGUAGAGGAAAAUAUUUUUUUUCCUGCACAGCUCUUGCGCAACACUUGCCAAGAAGCAAUCUGCAAAGUCCCAACUGUGACUCGCUUCCUUCUACCAACAGUAAAUGCCUUGAGCACUAAAAUACAAAAUAUCUCAACACAAAAUUUUUUAUGCACUCUGUUGUCGUUGAAUUGUCGAGGAGAUAAUGCCUUUGUCGUGAACGGAUGUAACUGGUUGGAUUUACCUUUGAUACCAAAUGAAGAAGAACUUCACGGUAAUUUAGUAGAGAUAGACAAAAACCUGACACCAGUGAGGCUGAACACUCCUUACGACAAUCCUGAGCAAUAUAUGGACACGUAUUUUCGGUUACUUCGGGCAGAAGCCUUCUCCGCAAUACAACAUGGUAUUAAAAAUCUGAAAUCGUCCACACUUGAUCUUCGAGAUAUGAAUGUUUACUAUAAUCUUCAUCUAGCUGGUUUUGCACUUCAGAAUGGUCGGUUCUCUCUGGCAAUUCACUUUACACCAACCAAAAAAGUAAGGAGAUGGGAAGCUUCAACCCAACUCAUGCAUGGCAACCUGGUGUGUAUCUCGAUUAAUCAGAAGUUUAAUGACAUCAUAUGGACAACUGUCUCCAAUAGGGAUACAGAUCUGCUAAAUGAAAAUCAGAUCAUCCUGCUAGACUUAUUAGAUGAGAAUCGCAAGAAUAUAAGUAAAAUCGUAAACUCACUUCAUACACAAGCAGGUUUUGCAAUUAUGGUGGAAUCUCCAACAUAUUAUCGUUCCUUGAGUCCAAUUUUAAAAAGUCUGAAAGAAUUCGACAUGGAGAACUUUUCUUUGCAAAAAGAGAUUGUGUACACAAAAGCUUCAAAAAAACUUCCACAGUAUUUAAGAGAGGCAACAUUCGAUACGUCUGUAGUUUUCCGGGAGACUUCCAAUCGGGACGAUGACUCGGAAGAAAUUUAUUCCAAUGAAUCAUCAGAGAAUAGUGAUGACGAUAAUGACGAUGGCUCAGACAUACAUUCGGAGUAUUCGAUCAAGAAGAAAUGUUCCAAAUUUACGCUUGCUUGGAAGAAUCCUAUUGAUAAUGACUCAGAAGUCAAUUACUCGAAUGAAUCAUCAGAGAAUAGUGAUGACAAUGGCUCUGAAAUACUUACAGAGUAUACAAGCGAUGCAACAUUUUCGAAAUCGGCGCCCUCUGAGGACAGUAUCUUAGAAGAUGACUCCUAUGACUUUUAUUUAAGCGAGGAGGAUGACUCGAAAAACAUUUAUUCGAAUGAAUCUCGAAAGAAGAUUAAUGAUGACAACGAUGAAAUUACACAUGGAUCAGAGGAAAGUCUAGAAGGACGCAUGUUAGUCAAAAAUUUGUUAAAAGUUUUUGAAAAAAGUGAAAAUACAUUUUUGGACAGUAGUCAAAGAACAGCGUUGGUGCAAGCGUUGAAGAACAGAAUUGGCGUUAUUCAAGGUCCACCUGGCUGUGGUAAAACAUUCAUUGGUGUGAAAAUUGUUCAGUUGUUGCUAUCGCUGUGUCCAAAAUUGGAAAAACCAAUUUUACUGUUAACGUACAAAAACCACGCUCUUGACGAGUUUCUCAAACACACGUUGGAUUUUUGUGACAUUGAUGAUAUGGUCAGGAUUGGAGGUCAAUCAAAAGAGCCUCAAUUGGAGUCUUGUAACUUAAAAAAUCUUCGGAAAAAAUUUAAAUACGACAAAGCCACGAGCGCUGAGAUUUACAACAUUUUACGCGAAAUAAGCAACAUUGAAGAAAAAAUUGAGAGAAUUUCAAAAGAGCUGGAGCGAAGCUCGUACCUCACGCAAAGUAGUCUCGUCGAUGAGAUGGAAGAAGAGCAACUGAAAUCAUUUAUCGCGAACGCUCCAUGGGGACCAAGUGGAUUGGUUUGGAAAAACUCUGCGAAAAAGAUCGUCGAUAAAAGGUGGAUGGAGUUACAAUUACAAAAAGCCGUGAUGCAAUAUGGCUCCAUCAAAGAAUGCAUUCAAAAGGGAUUACGUUGCAAAUUAUCACAAAAGGAUGUCGUUAGUUACUAUUGUGUCUGUGCUUUUCAAAAAGUCUUGGAUUAUUUGUUACCAAAUAGAAAGGAGCUACAACGUAUGAAGCAGUUUCAGUCAGAGUUUAUAAUACAGAUUGAAGCAGAAGAUAGAAACAGUGAAGAAACGCAGCAAACUGAAGACGUGACAAAUGAAGAAGAAAGCGGUGACGAAGAUUAUGUAAAACAGCUAACAGAAACUAGAAUAGAGGCAGCAGCCAAACAGAUGGGUUCUAAAAACCUAAUUCUAUUUGAUUUUAAGAAUAAAGAAAAUAGAAACGAUGUAUUACUUAGCAUAUCUGACUACCCUCCUAAUAUGGUUGUGAGUUCUCAAAUACGCUACGUGCAAAAUAUAUGGAGUUUGAACGAGUUUCAAAGAUUGCAGUUGCUUUACGCCAUCAUGAAUGAUAAAACGAGUAGUAUUUCGCAGGAAUUAAAUGAUUUAGUUAAUCAGUUACAGACACUGAAAAGUCAAAAACAAGAGUUAGAAAUUACCGAGAAAGUCAUGUACCUGUCAAAGAAAAAGAUCAUUGGUGUAACCAUCACAGGAGCAUCUAUUAAUCAUGACCUACUUCACCAAAUUGGCCCGAGUAUCGUGAUCGUGGAAGAAGCUGCUGAAAUACUAGAGCCCAGUUUGCUCGCAGCGCUCACGCCAUCCAUUCAACAUCUCAUUCUCAUUGGAGAUCAUAAACAGCUCAGACCACAAGUCGACACAUUUGAGCUGUCCAAAACGUUUCGGUUUGAUACAUCCAUGAUGGAAAGAUUGAUCGAAUGUCGUUUCCCAUACGAAUCACUUGCCAAGCAAAGCCGAAUGCGUCCCGAGUUUUCAGCGUUGCUCAAAGAUAUUUAUCCUAAUCUUCAAGAUAAUCGUCCUUUGGUGUCAAAGAACGUGACGUUAAAAUGUAUUGAGAAAUCCAUGUUUUUCUGGUCUCACAACGAUCCUGAGAUUAAAGACAGAACUUACAGCAACCCCAAAGAAGCCGAACGAAUCAUACAACUUAUUAAAUAUUUGUUAUGUAACGGUAUACAGCCAAAAGAUAUCACAGUGCUCGCAGCAUACUUAGGACAAACUAAACUACUUCGACAUUUAAUCAAAGCAGAAAAUGAGAAAAUAAAAAAGGAUCAAGACAAAAAAUAUGAUCAAAAGCAUCAAGAUAACAAAGAUGAUUGGGAUUCUUUUGUUCAGGUGCAAACCAUCGAUAUGUAUCAGGGUGACGAAAACAAAUACGUUAUAAUCUCGUUGGUUCGUUCUAACGAUAAAAACAAGAUAGGUUUCCUAAAUAAGAUGAAUCGUCGUUGCGUCGCUCAAUCAAGAGCAAAAUGUGGCAUGUAUUUUGUGGGGAAUGCAGAUACACUACGGGAUGCAAAGAAUUCGUGCUGGUCUUCUUUCAUCACAUCGUUAGAAGAACAAGGAUGUGUAUGGGAAAAGAUACCACUGCAGUGUUUCAAACACAGUUCUUCGAAGUUUUUUGCAAAGGAUGGCGAUAGCAUCCGUGCAUUGAUUGCAAAUCCAAGUUUACUAUGUCAACAAAGAUGCAGUGAAUACUAUCCUCAUUGUGAUCAACAUUCUUGCAAGUUGUCUUGUAUUCCUAGACACAACCAUUAUGAAUGCCCAGAGUGGGUAAAUGACAAAUUUCCAGAUUGUCGCCAUCAUGUAAGGCGAAAAUGUGCAACAAGCAUCACCCAGUUACACUGUAAAUCCAAGAAAAAAUUGGAACUUAGUUGUGGCCACACUAUUGAGAAAAAGUGCCAUGAAAAUACCAAACUUAUCCAAUGUCCAUAUCUUUGUAAGAAAAUGAGCUCAUGUGGAGUCCACAAAUGUCAGAAAACUUGCGGAGAGCUUCAUGGACACGAUACAUGUGAUGAAAAGAUUGACUACGUUUUUCCAGACUGUGGUCAUCCUUCACCAAAAAAGAAAAAAUGUACCGAACCAAUAACUUGGAAAUGUCGCUACAAGGUACCAUUUACAUGCAAAUAUGGCCAUCAAAUCCGGAAGGAAUGCUGUCAAAACGAUCAGGAAGUAAUAUGCCCUGUCAAACCUUGUGGAAUGUUACGUAGAUGUGGUCAUCCUUGUGAAAAUGUUUGUGGGGAGGAUUGUGAGAAAGGUGAGUGUAAGCAUUGUCAAAGAUUAUAUUGCAAAAAGAUGAAGGAAUUUCGAGCUGCAGCAAAGAUGCGUGUUAAUGAACUUGAAGGGAAAAUUAACAAAAUUAACAAAGAAGACAUCCCUAAGUUUUCAAAAGAUGAAUUACAUGCCAGUGGUCCUACAGCUGCAGAGUAUCAGAAAGUGAAAGAUCAAGUGCUUACAUUUUUCCAACCUUGUUUCAACUGGUUUCCAAGAAUUACAAAAAUCGAUAAAGUCACAAAUCUUACACUAGAAAAAAAUUUCGAAUCAGCUAAAUCCAAGGCAUUUGGUGACUACAUUGACACAAAAGUUUAUGAUACGUCCACAAAAAAUUUAGAAAGUAUCGUUCGUGAAGGUUUCAAAAUGCCCCCAGCCAAACUCAAACCACCAAAUACACCAGGCAUGUUUGGUGAAGGAAUCUAUUUCUCCACAGAUUCUUCGAAAAGUGCCCAGAAAAUCUACACAAAAGGUCAUCAGACGUUGCUCCUGUGUCAGGUCAUGCUUGGAAAAACAUUGACAGUGAAAGAGGCGGAUUAUACAUUAAACAAGAAAAAACUGAGAUCCCAAAACUGUGACUCCGUGUACGCCCCACGUGGAACAGCUGUGAUAAAUGACGAAUUUGUUAUUUUUGAUCCAAAUCAAGCUCUUCCACAAUAUAUCGUUCAAUUCUCUAACAGCAAAAACGUUUUACCUCCAUCUCCCUCAAUCUAUACUACAAAGUCGUUCAGCAUAAAAAGGAUGUAUCCCAGUAGAGAGAUAAAUUUUCAAGAUCCGUUUGAGAUGUAUUACCAUUUUGCCGAAUCUCACUUUAGACGAAUGUCUGCCAACAGCAGUUUAAAGAAUGUAAACAUCACUGCUAUUGACAUCGUCGUAAAUAAGGAUCUUGAAAACAAGUUUGAAGCAAAGAAGAAAAAAUUUCGUGAUGAAGGCAUUCCAGAUAAUGAAAUUCUCGUAUAUCAUGGGACAGAUAAGAAAAACAUCGACAGUAUUCUCAAAAAUAACCUUCAGGUAAGUUUAGCAGAAAGACAAAAAUAUGGUCGAGGAAAUUAUUUCUCUGAGUUCCCUGAAGUCAGUAUUGGUUAUGGCGAUGGUUUAUUGUUGUGUCGAAUACUUCCAGGAAAAGAAUUCGUUGAUUCUAGCUCUGCUAAUGUACCGUCUGGUUUUAAUUCAAAGAAAGUUUUACUUGGCAAAUCGAACCCAGCGACACGUGCGUUUGGUAAAAUAAUCAUCAUUGAAAAUUCAGAUCAAAUUCUACCGUUCUUUGUUGUUCAUCGUUGACAGUCAACUUUUUGCAUGUUUAAGCAGCUAUUUUGAUAUUUGACCACUGUCGCAAAGUAAUGGAGCACAUUUAAAAAAACUUAGGGAAACUUUCUGAACUUUGCGACUUUGGAAAGAGAAAAGCAAGAUGCUUGGGAUUUCCACAGUAUUGGAGAUGAUGCUUGGGAUCUCCACAGAUUUCCACAUUGCUAUGUCGAAUUCUUCCUGGAAAGGAAUAUGAAGAUUCUUCGCGACAUGGCAUACCUUCAAGUUAUAAUUCAAAGAAAGUUGUGAGGCGACGCGUUGGUGGUGCAAGUUAUGGUGCUUCUGCUAGCUCCAUUACAAGGUGGAAAAUCGUCAUCAUUAAAAAUUCUGAUCAAAUUUUACCUUUUUUUGUCAUUCAUCGUUAAAAUAAUGAUAUUAUUUUAUUAUUUUCCGUAUGUAAUGGAGUUUACAUACAUGUAAAGAUAACGAAAGUAGUUCACAGGGACGUUUGCUAAAGAAGAUGUAAAAAUCCACUGACCAAAGAACAAACAGUCGUAAAUACAUUUACUCGACGCUUCCUUGAUUAGAAUAAAACAAAUAUAAAAUUGUCAUCGUUCCAGAAUAACAAGGACAAAACAGAUUAUUAACUGUAUCCGUAUAAUCCUCACUUAGUACUUGUUAAAACUAAUAAGACGGCAUGCUUUGCUGUUAGCGAUAAUUGCAAUUGAAAAUACUCAACUGAAUACAAUUUCAUGCAAUAUAUUUGAAUUGCACAGUAUCCGCAAUUCGUAUAUUUUAUCAUUUUCAAUUGUGUUUACGCCUCGUCGGGGAUCAAUUACUCCUGAAUCAUGAAAAUUCUAGACGUCGGGUGAUUUCAAAGGUUCCAAUUUUCAAACCCAUUAUUUAUAGCAAAAAUAUGGUUAUUCGUGAUAAGUAAUUAACUGUUAUUUUUUUAUUUAUGCAUGCGAAGUGAUUUUUUUAUAUACUGCAAUCUGACUGGCUGCAGCAGCGGACGGCGUUUCACGAUUUCUUGACUGUGAUCCAAAAGUGUUAAUUUUUCCAAUAAAUUUGUUUACAAGCCAUGUAAAUUGCUCAAAGAGAGAACAAUAUGAAUUAAUAUAGUAGUUAUAGCGAGAUUGAAUUGACUAUCCAGACGUAGUGAAGUUUGUAGAAAACAAUUCAAUUUCAGCCUCAACAAGCCACAUCGACCGUUUUACAACAUGCAUUGCAUCAAUAUAAAAAUAAAUAAAUGAAAACGCUA